AGAGUGGGGCAGAGAGAGAGAGAGAGAGAAAGAGAGGAGAGAGAGGGCAAAAGAAUUAAGGAAACAUGCCAGGUCUAUGGUGCUGGAAGAUAAAGCACCUUUUUCAGACUUUGACUACUUUUAUUGCUUUUCUACUUGUUGCUGUUGCUCAUGACAGGACACACAGAGACCUGGGGACAUCAUCAGAAGGAGCCCAGCUCAGUGCUCUGCCCGGCUCGGAGCUGGUGUACCCGGUCAGGGUAAAUGAAGUUGGUCACUUCUUGUCCCACGAUGUGUCCCAUCACCUCAGGCGGCUUCACCGCAGGGACCUGGGUCCUGACCACCUGCAGCCUCCCCUGCUGUACAGGCUCAGGCACAGCGGCCGAGAUCUCAGCUUUAAUCUGACCGUCAACCGAGCCCUCCUCGCCCCAGGCUUCGUAGCUGAGCGACGUUACGGAGGCAUCAAAGGAGCCUCCAUCAGCCCCCUGAGGCUCAACACUUGUCAUUUCAUUGGGAGGGUUACAGACCAGGAGCAGCACAGUGGGGUGGCUGCGAUCAGCACCUGUCAUGGGAUGAAAGGAGUUUUCCGACUCUGGGGUGAGGACCAUUUUAUUGAGCCGUGGCUGGAGCAGGCCCUGGAGGGCGGUUCCCCUCAGCCCCACCUGAUUUACAAACGUCACGCUCCAGCCCUGGGCAACACCUGGAUCCCCGGCUCCCACAGCAACCUGGGACAGGGCAGGAGCCACGGAACAUGUGGCGUGUCAGAUUCCCUGAGGAAGCAGGAACAUUCGGAGAAGCAGCGGGAAAAGUGGGAGAAGAGGCAGCGGCGGAGACGGCGUAUCAAACAGCGCUCGGUCAGCAAGGAGAAGUGGGUGGAGACCCUGGUGGUGGCCGAUUCCAAGAUGGUGGAACAUCACGGCAACGAGAGCAUCGAGGCUUACGUCCUGACCGUGAUGAACAUGGUGGCCGGUCUGUUCCGUGACGCCAGCAUCGGGAACUCCAUCAAUAUCGUCAUUGUGAGGCUGGUGCUCCUCGAGGAAGACGAGGAGGAUUUGAAGAUCACCCAUCAUGCCGACAACACCCUCAUGAACUUCUGCAAAUGGCAAAAGAAAAUGAACAUCAAAGGGGAGGCUCACCCCACCCACCAUGAUGUUGCCAUCCUGCUCACAAGGAAGGACAUUUGUGCUGGGAUGAACCGUCCGUGUGAGACCUUGGGCCUCUCUCACGUCUCUGGAAUGUGCCAGCCGCACAGAAGCUGCAACAUCAACGAAGACUCCGGCCUCCCUCUCGCUUUCACUGUUGCACAUGAACUGGGACACAACUUCGGGAUUCAGCACGACGGCACCGGGAACGCCUGUGAACCCAUCGGGAAACGACCGUUCAUCAUGUCCCCGCAGCUCCUGUACGACACCAGCCCCCUGACCUGGUCUCGCUGCAGCCAGGAGUACAUCACCCGCUUCCUCGACCGGGGGUGGGGUCUGUGCCUGGAUGACCUGCCCGCCAAGGAAGCCAUGGAGUUACCGUCCGUGCCCCCCGGGGUCCUGUACGAUGUCAAUCACCAGUGCCGGCUGCAGUACGGAGCCAGGUCUGGCUUCUGCGAUGACAUGGACAAUGUCUGUAACACCCUCUGGUGCACUGUGGGCAGCACAUGUCACUCCAAACUGGACGCCGCUGUGGACGGCACUAAGUGCAGUGAGGACAAGUGGUGCUUUAACGGCAAUUGCAUAUCAACGGUACAGCGUCCAAAGAGUACGGACGGCAGCUGGGGGGCCUGGAGCUCGUGGGCUGAGUGUACCCGGACCUGCAGCGCGGGAAUCCAGAGCGCGGAGAGGCACUGCAACAACCCCACCCCUAAGUAUGGAGGCAGAUACUGUCUCGGUGAGAGGAAGAGAUUCAGAAUAUGCAACAUCAAAGCCUGCGUCACCGAGACCCCAUCUUUCCGGCACAUUCAGUGCAGUCAGUUCGACUCGAUGCCCUACAAAGGCAAGCUCCACAAAUGGAUUCCUGUCCUCAACAGAAUUAACCCCUGUGAGCUGCAUUGCCGCCCAGUGGACGGUUACUUCUCUGAGAAAAUGCUGGACGCGGUGAUCGAUGGGACACCAUGUAAUGAGGGCAACACCAGUCGCGACAUCUGCAUCAAUGGCAUCUGUAAGAACGUGGGCUGUGAUUACGAGAUCGAUUCCAAUGCCCUAGAAGAUCGUUGCGGUGUGUGUCAGGGCGACAGCUCCACCUGUGAGACCGUGAAGAAGACUUUUGACGAGAGCGAAGGCCUGGGUUACGUGGACAUCGGCCUGAUCCCUCAGGGAGCGAGGGAGAUCCGCAUCGAGGAGGUGGCGGAGGCAGGAAACUUCCUGGCCUUGCGGAGCGACGACCCCGAGAAGUAUUUCCUGAACGGCGACUGGAUAAUCCAGUGGAACGGGGACUACAAGGUCGCUGGCACAACCUUCACCUACGAGAGGAACGGCAAUCUGGAGAACCUGACGUCUCCCGGUCCCACCAAGGAACCCGUGUGGAUUCAGCUGCUGUUCCAGGAGACAAACCCGGGAGUGCGUUUUGAAUACACGAUCCGCCGCGACCUGGACAGCGACAACGAAAUUCAGCCGCCCGAGUUCUUCUGGCGCUACGGCUUGUGGACGGAGUGCACAGCGACCUGUGGGGGUGGGUUUCAGAAGCAGAUUGUUCACUGUUUGGAGCGGAUCGCGGGCAUCGUGGAGGAGCAGUACUGUGACCCGGCGACACGGCCUGAUGACAGACGCCGACGCUGCCAUGAGGAGCCCUGCCCGGCCAGGUGGUGGGUGGGGGAGUGGCAGGCCUGCUCAACCUCCUGCGGCCACACGGGAGUGAUGAAGAGGACGGCGCUUUGUAUCCAGAGCAUCGGGCUGGACGAGCAGAGGGCACUGCCGAUCUCCGAGUGCCAACACAUGCCCAGGCCAGACACCGCCAGCACCUGCAACACCAACAUCCCCUGCCCAUCAGACUGGGUGGUGGGCAACUGGUCCCAGUGCUCGGCUUCAUGUGGGGAAGGGACACAGAAGCGCGCCGUGCGUUGCGCCCACAACACCGCGGCCCCCUGCAGCCCCGAGGCGAGACCCCGCAAGGCUAUGUGCGCCCCGCGGCCCUGCCCUGCCCCCCGCCCAGGCCAGGACCCCGCCCUGCCCGAGUGGUCUGGCAGCGGAGCCUCGGCCAAGGAGCUGUUCAACGAGGUGGGCUUCAACCUGAACUUCGGGCCAGGCCGCACCGGGCAGGGACACAACUCCAAUAGGAUCCCCGGCUCUGGCCCCCAGCCCCAGACCCCCAGGCCUCGGCUGCCCCCGGACGGCGGAGGGAUGGACAACCACAUCGUGGAGGGGGAUUACACGGUGGACGGAGGGGGUCAGGGGGGCAAAGGCCCGUCCAAAACCAACGUCUUCGUGGAUGACUUUUACUACGACUACAACUUCAUCAACUUCCACGAGGACCUGGCCUACGAUGAUGGAGAUGAGGUGGUGACGGGCGGGGAGGACGGGCAGGCGGGCGGGCAGCCCGAGGAGGGGGUUUCGCUGGGGGACGGGAACUCCAACGACGUUUCGAACUACGUUUCAGAGGAGUCAGAGGAGAGUGGCCGUGGGAACCGGUUGGACCCGACUCAGCCCGGAGCGUCUGUGGAUGAUGAAGAAGAAGAACGAGGGAUGAGGAAUUUGGGGAUAGCGGAUGCUACCUCAACGCCUGGCGAUGGGGAGGAGCCCACUUCUGAGAGCCCAGCGGUGACCGAAGAGGACGACGCCGAGGGGGAGGGAAUCGGCGAGGAGGCAAUGUACGAGGAAGAUGAGUUACUGCCUGUGAAAAACACGAGCGUCGAGUUCGGUAGUCGAGAGAAAAACCCGAGGCUCUUGUGGAACGGCGAGGCUGGGCUCUCUCCAAAGCCCUUCGACCAACUCUUCACGACUCCCGGUCUUCAUUCUGCUAACUCCUCACCGGCUGUCACCACUCCAGCCGCACCCAGCUCCGCUCAGGCCCCCAACGCCAGGCUCUUUACUCCCCCAGGAAUCUUCACGUUCGAUGAAGGUUCCUCACCUACGCCACAAGGCGAAGAGCAGGAGGGAAACCCGACAGCUACGAGGAAGGUAGAGGGAGCUGGAACACGGGGUGGGUUUUCAGAAGAGGAGUCAAUCACUGAGAGAGACACUCAACUGCCUGAAAGGCCAACUAGAGACACCCAAGUGGUUGUUAAUAAUCCUGAACUCAAUGACGUGAAGCGUGUCGAUGAGCAGCCACCACACAAUACAGGGCCAGAGAGUGGCACAAAUACUGACAUCACCGGUCAUAGAGACGGUGGGGAUGAGGUUGGGAACACCCCUCACACAGUCCCUGGGCGAGUGAGUCCAUCCCCCUCGGCCCACACUGAUCACCACGACGCUCCGGGCUCAGAAACGCUGAGCCGGUCGGCUAAACCAUGGAGCGGCACUGACCGGUCGCCGGACCUGAGCGUCACAAUCCACCGGGAAGGCGAUUCCUCCCCCAUCGCCCCGAUCGUCCCAUUUGCGGUUUCUCCCGCGGUUUCGCACCCGGAGACGGUGACUCUAUCGCCGGCGGCAACAGCCCCUCCCGUGAUCUUUGCCCUCCCGUCCGCCUGGGGUCCCUCCGUCCAAACCAGGGUCAGCACCGCGACGGCCCAAGAGCCGAGGUCAACCAGGAAUACGCAGGAAGUGUCCCCCAGCUCAGUCACUCUCACGGUUCCCCCGUCACCGCGACCAGUGUUCUCCGCAGGUGACAUCUCGCCAAAACCUACCUCAUCUCCACCGGCAAAGAGGACCCCGGCCUCACUCCCCUCGACAUCCAUCUCAGUGCCACCGGGACAAGCCCCCUCGCUCUGGCCCACGGAGAGCUCGCGGCACAUGGUCGCCUCGGACUUCACAGAGCUGAAGCCCGAGCAUGGACACAAUAGAGGGACUGAAACGACUGGCGUAAGGGAUCAGGGGGAUGUUGCUCCCGUCCCCACCAAACACCCGGCUCCCGGUGGCUUCCGGUCCCCCAUCACAACAGCACUGGCUCAUCCCACCAUCCCAACCGGCUCCGUGAACGACCCUCUCACAAGCCCCGUCCCGCCAACGAGCACAGAAUCCACUGCCUACUGGGUGGCCGGUAACUGGAGUGAGUGCUCCACCACCUGUGGGAUGGGAGCGGUGUGGAGAGCGGUGCAGUGCAGCACGGGAUCGGAGGCCGACUGUGACAGGGCUCAGCGACCGGCUCCCGCCCGGAGGUGCUACCUCAGGCCCUGCUCAGCCUGGCGCCUGGGCAACUGGACCAAGUGCUCUAAGAACUGUGGUGUUGGGGUGAAGCUUCGAGAUGUCCAGUGCAUCAACAUCAGGGACAGGAGGCCCCUGAGACCAUUCCACUGCCAGCCCGUGCUCCACAAGCCACCCACCCGCCUGGUCUGCAGCUCCAAGCAGUGCAUGGACUGGUACAUAUCCUCAUGGGGAGACUGCUCCCAGGGCUGUGAUGGAGGGGAGCAGGAGAGGUUGGUGCUGUGCCCUGAGGUCAACCACUGUGACAGAGCCACGCGGCCCAACAAGACCAGGACGUGUAACCCCCAGCCCUGCACCAAGUGGAUGAUGGGCUCGUGGGGGCAGUGCACUGUGACGUGUGGUGGAGGGAUCCAGCGGCGGCUGGUGAAGUGCGUGAACACGGUGACGGGUCUGGCGGAGGAGGACAACAGCCGGUGCGACCAUGAGCCCUGGCCUGAGAACAGCCAGAAAUGUAACCUGCAGGACUGCAGCACCAGCGAGCAGAGUUACGUCUGUGACCGCGACCGGCUGACGUUCAGCUUCUGCCAGACGCUGCGGAUGCUGGGCCGCUGCUACCUGCACACGGUGCGAGCUCAGUGCUGCCAGACCUGCCGGCCCCCGGCUCACGCCACCCGGGACCGCGGCAACGAGCGCGUCGCCAGGCGGUGAAACUCGGAGCGGAGACGACGGAAACUGUCCCGGAGAAACCGAGAGAGAGAGAGAGAGAGAGGGAGAGCGAGAACACCCUCCCAAU